UGACAUUUUCCACAAAUUCAGCAAGGGAAAAUUUCCACGGAGCCUCUCCACCUCUCUUGCGCCGUAGGGCUCGUGUUAAAGAGAGUUUUUAGCAGUAACAUUUUUCGGGGGUAUCCUUUGUAAAAUUGGUGUUAUUGUUGGCAAAAAACGCAUCCCAAGUGUUGUCCGCGCAACAGCUGCUACCCAAGUUGCAGUUCUAUUGAAGAAAACACGAUCAAAAUUCCGGUCUCCACGCGUUCAAGAGGCCCAAGGGUGCCGCAUUUCACUUCAGACGACAUGAAUAAGAAAAAAAAUCGCCAGGUUCCCACAAGGCUGCAUCAGCGAUCGCGGUCUGUGGUGGCCACGGAUGGCGUCUACAACAAUUCCUACUUUAUGCACGCAGCCACAUCGCAUGUUGGGAAUACGGUCCAACUACUGACCCGAUCCGGGGUCACCUUUGAAGGGAUAUUCCGGACAUUUUCGCCACAGUUUGAGGUGGUCCUCGAGAUGGCACAUCGCGUCGAGGCGUCAGACAAUGAGGAAACCAACUUCAAUGCAUCCACCGUGGUGGACACACUAAUCUUCAAACCGACCGACAUUGUCAGUAUUCUAGCCAAAGAUGUUGACUUAGACUAUGCCACUCGGGACUUCUUUCAAACUGACUCUGCUAUCUCAUCACGGUGCAACGGUUCAUCUCGAGCAGAGGAUAAGGAGUUAGAGCCAUGGGAUCCGAGUAGUGGGACCGUGAAUGGGGAGAUGGAAUUUCUCCUUGAAUUGGAUGGCAAUGCAAAUGGUUGGGACGCAAAUGAUAUGUUUCACAAGAAUGAGACAAUGUAUGGUGUUCAAUCGACAUUUGAUCAAUCUCUCGCGGGCUACACAAUGCAAAUCCAGAAGAAGGAUACACAAGAUUUCAAGGAUGCCGAAGCAAAAGCUGAGGAAAUAGCAAAAGAAAUUGAGAGUCAUCCACAGCACAAUGAGCGUGUGGAUGUUGAGAAUGGUGAUGAAGAGGCUGCAUUUGCGGCCGUUGAGAGACCUAGCACAGGUAGUCCGGAUUCCCAGCCGAAGGGACCGUCAACGAAUACACAGAAAUAUGUGCCUCCAGCUAAGCGCAAGGGACAGUCAACUGGGAAGCUUGUGCGGAGUACACCGCCGCCAAGCAAUAAUAAUGGCCCACAGAUGCCACAGAGCCCACAGGCACCGCAUAAAAAUAAUAAUUACCAGGCGAUACCGAUGGUACAGCCACCGCCGCAGCAGCCGCCGCCGCAGUCGCAGCAACAGCCCCAAAUGACUGCGGCACCACAACAAUAUAUCCACACUCAGCCACCAUACAUGCACAGUCAACCUCCUCCGAUUGUGGUGGGCUCAAAAAUGAAUGGUGAUGGCGCGAAUGCCCAGAGUGGGAAUCAACAGAAAGCUCAAAUGCCUCCACGGAAUAUUCGGCAGCAAUAUACGCCCCAGGCGGCUGCACCCCAAGUCGCCUAUACAGAGCCACCGCCAUCAAUGGUGGGACCCCAGGCGAUCCCUAUGGCAGGUAUGGGGAAGCCGCCGAUGCACGUAGCUCAUCCCCAUGCUCAUGUUGUGGCCACACAUAUGGCCCCACCGCCUGGCCCGGGUGAGGCGGUCUCACCACCCGGGAUUAUGCCCCAAAUUAUUUCGGUGCCACCGAAAUUGGUAACGGCGCCGCCACAGCCGCAGCGGACGCCACGCUCACGCGAGGAGCAAGUGCAGGACUUUAGGAAUUUCAAGGAGAACUUCCAUCUAGCACCGUCAUCAUCGGCGCAUCAGCAUCCACAGACGGAUCAUUCUCCGCCACAGAUGCAGGUGCCACAGCAACCACCGCCGUCACAGACACAGCAAGUUGGUGUAAUGGAGGGGCCGGCAGUAGUGAAAUCUCAGCAGCAGCAGCAACAUCAGCCACCGUCUCCGCCGCAGGAAAUGCAGCAAAUGCCCCCACAGCAGCAGCAACAGCAACAAAUACCGCCGCCACAGAUGAUUAAUACGCAAGCUAUGCAGUCGCCGGCGGCGCAACAGCCUCAAUCAUCGGUGCAACAGGCGCCACAGCCGCAGCAACCACCGCUGGCGGUGACACCAUCACCUGGGGGUACCCCGGCGGCAUCCACAACACCGCCUCAGCAGCAAACAGCACCCGGAGCGACAGGUGGUGGUGGUGGUGGUACACCGAGUGGCGAUACACCACCGGGUGCACCAGAAAAGCCGGCCGGAACGAAGAAGUUCGUACUUAAUCCGGCAGCUAAGCCAUUCACGCCGCGUAGUCCCAGUACGCCGAAUCCAUCGCGGCCACAUACACCACAGACCCCAGGGCCGGCCAUUGUGCAGGGGGCCGCCUCGGUGGCAGCUGGUGGGUACCCCCAGCCGGCACAGCAUGUCAGCAUGGCCCCCACGUCCCUCAUGACGAUCCCAACGUAUGUGAUGCCGACGCAACAGGGACCUUUUCCCACUUCACAGCAUCAUCAUGCUGGACAACAGAGAAGUUAUCGCAAAACGGCUUCAGAAGUAGGAUACAGUUCGAGUGCACCGAGAUGGGAUCGACGGAACUUGUCGUAUCCAGUGCAAGUUCAGGCGUCACAAAUUCAGGUGCAAGCUGGACCUGCUGCAGCUGUCACGGGGGCACCCAUUCUCGCGGCACCCAUUCAACAGUUCAUGCCGUACCCACAAACUCCGCAUCACCCACAGCAAUUCCAUACACAAACCUAUCCACACAUGAUGCGAAUGUAUUCCGAUGCACCACAUCAGCCACCACUUCAAUAUUUGGCACCGACGCCACCAUCGACAACGCCAUCGCCUGGGCAGCCGCAUCAGCAGUACCACCCGCAGCCGUCCCCUGCUGGCGGGGGACCACCCGCGUUCACGCCUGCCGGUCCGCAGACGCCACAGUUCCAGAUGAUGUGCCCCGUGCUAACGGCGCCGCCGCAGCUCAUGCCUCAGUACUUCCAAGGUACGGGUCAGCCGCCGCAUGGCAAUAUUCACCUACUGAUGGGGCAGCAGCACCCGGCGCAGUAGCAUAGUGAGAUGGGGGCUGUGGGGCGGAGCGGGGCCACGACGACGGCAGCGGCGGGCGGCGGCGUGGCAAUGGUUGCGAGUGCAGGCGGCGGCGGCGGUAUAAACGUCGUCGCGGCCAAUGUUGGAAGUCAAGCGGCGAAUGGUGUGAGUAUUGUGAGUGGCAAUUUAGGGGGCAGUGGGGCAAACUGUGGUCUAGCCGGCGGUGGCGCAUAUUUAGGACAUUUCACCAAAUGAUAAAAAGAAAACUCUCAUUUUCCCCCCAAUUUUUUUUUUCAUUGCGCAUCGCAAAGAAAAAUAAACUCAUUGUGUUCUCGUAAAUCAUUUAUCUCAUUCAUUCAAUCAUUUUUUCAUCACCACAUUAAUGAAAGAAUAAAAAACUACAUGAAAAUCAUUUCACACCCACAAAUAAGAAAAAAAAAAUUGAUCACCGGAGAAGAAAAGACGAUAAAAUUGCAUAUAAAUACAUUUAAAAUAGAGAAAAAAAAAGCAAAGAGAGGUGGUAAAUUUUUUGCCGGAUAAUUGCUGUACAGUUGUGAAGGAAGGAAAAAAAAAACUAGAAGAGAAGAAGGGAGAAGUUUGAUUGAGAAGUGAUGAGUCCUUGAAGAGAAAGAAUCAAGAAUGGAAGAUCUUACAAAACAUAACGUUUAUCGCCUUAAAGUGAAAAUCUUUCUUUUUCAUUUUCUUAUACGGGAUAGAAAAUAAACCUUACCUAAAUGAAGAAACAAAACAAAACAAAAUGGGUAACAAACAAAAGGUAAAUUUAUGAGAUAAAAAACUGCUUCGACAACAGAAAAUACAGAAAAAAUCGCGCUUAAGUGUUUAUUACAAAAGAAAAGAAUAAUAACGAAAAUAUGAAAGAAAAAUUUAAUAACUUUAUGUGGCUUACAGUUCAAUGUUCUCUUUGUUUAGCGUAAAACGUACAUAAAUACAAAUUUCGGUUUUUGGUUUUGGUGGAUAUAAAAAAAUGAAAGAUAAAACAAAGCAAGUAAAAAAAAGAGAAAAUAUCUAAAAAAUGAGAAAUAAAAAGUAAAAGCUUCUUCGUGCCUUAGAUAGAGAAGACUCUACAGAAAGUGAGAUUACAAAGAAACAAAAGAAGAGAAAUUGUAUAAUUUCACAAAUUUUUUUGCAUAAAUUAAAAAUUUAUUUUGCUUGUUCCACCAUUUUUCACUAAAAAAUAUUUUUUUUCCUUUGAAAAAAAAAUUCUAAAGAAAAAAACAACGGAGCAGUUAUAAUUAAUUUAUUGGAAAUGAAUAAUCUCUCUAAUUUGAUCAUGAAUCACGUUGAAAAAAAAAAGAAAACUCAAAACAAAACAAGAAAAACAUUCCCUGAUGAGAAGACAUUAUUUAUUUCAAAAUGUAGAAAAGAUAAAGUUCUUCAUGAUAAACUUUGUCAACAUAGAAGACUAUAAAAACAUUGCAAUAUGCACACAAUGUUUGUGUAUAUUAUUGAAAUCAGCAAUCUAUCCAUUUAUUUUCUGGCUAUUAUUCUCUCCAAAUGUCAACACACAACCAACAAUGAAAUACUAUGCAACAUUAUUUCGCACGAGAUUAAAAAAAAAGUCAAUCAUAACGCGUCCAGUUAUUAGAGUUGGUAUACCACAACGCGGAUGGGUCAGUCUAUGCGUUGUAAUUUAAUUUGUGAGCAGAAUUAGUAGGCAGUCGAUUUUUUUGUAAAAUUUGGCAAUUUGACAGAUUAAAAUGCUUAUAUCUAAAGUUCUAUAACACCUACAAAAAUUUCUUGACUAUUUAUGGAAAGAUAUUGAAAUAAGCUAUAAUUUGACAUAUAUCUCAAUGAUUUUCAAGGUCACCUUCAGAACACAAAAUGGCGGAUUUUUAUUCUACCAAAACAGUUUUUUGCACUUUUUGUCCUAAAGGAAUGGUUCUAGAUGUUUCUGAUGUUCUAGUAAGUUGUAGAGAAUUGCAAAACCUUUAAUUUGAUACCAAGUUGAGCAAAAUCGGAUAAGUCGUUCAAGAGAUAUGGCUCUUAGAAAUUUUCAAAUUCAAGAAAUUUUUAAAUGGCUAUAUCUUCUAAACGGCAACAUAGAUUUUCUUCAUUUUCGGACUGGUGAAAGAUAUUGAGUCAGGCUACAACAUAUCAAAAUUUAAAGAAAAUCUAUAACAGAUGUUCGGAGAUAUUGCCCCUUAAAGUUAGGCAAUUUUUGUUUUUGAUUUUAAUGCCUCUUGCGGAUGUUUUUGGAACUUGGAAUGUUCUAGACAGUUGUAGGGCUUCUUGAAACCUUUCAUUUGAUACCAAGAUGGUCAAAAUCGGUCAAGCCGUUCUCAAGUUAUAUUGAAAAAACACUUUUUGCUUUAGACCGCCAUAUUUGCUAAACGGCUUGACCGAUUUUCAAGUAUGAAUUAUCGAUGAAAACGUCUCACUUAGCACUACAACAUACUAAAAUUUCAGACUUCUAGCUAUAAGGAAAGUGGUUGAUGGUAUUUCAAAAUGGCGGACGGCGGCCAUCUUGGAUUUUGAAAAUGCGAAAAAAUGAAAUUUUACACCCACAUUUCUAUAGAAAACUUCAAACCGGAAGUCUCUAUCUGUUACCGUUCUCGAAUUAUAAGGCAAAGUUUGGACGACCGGAAGGCCGGCCGGAAGGCCGGCCGGCAGGCCGGCCGGAUCAAAAUUUUUCCACCACCAUUUUCGUAAUGUGGGAUGUCUAAAACGUGCUCAUACCAAGUUUGAGCCCGAUCUGAGGUGGUCGGUUUUUCCGACGAUUACAAUACUUGGUAUGCCACGAUUGUGGAAUACCAACUAAUUGAUUGCCGUAGUGGGCACAAAAUUCUAAAAAAAAAGGUUUUGAUUCUGUCAAAAAUCUUUGAUCUUCUCACAAUUUGACAGUUCUGUAAAAUUUUUGACAUAUCUCAUGAAAAAUCUUUAAAGAAUUUGAAAGUUCUUCUCGUUUUAUUCGUGUUAUAAAAAAUCUACAAAACUUCUAAGAAUUUUUAAAGAUUUUUGGAAUAAAUCGUUUGUUUUACUUUUAUUCUAUGAAAAUGGAAUGAUUUAAAAUUACAAACUGUCAAAAUCUUGAAAGAACUUUUAAAUUGUAAGAAACAAUGGAAAGGAUUUUUGACAGAUGACCUCUAAAAUUGUUUUUUUUUGUCAGCAGCGUUAUAGUAUUUUGCUGUUUUAGCAAAUUCUGUUUUUUUACAAUUGUGCAUGAUAAGAAUAUUGGAUUAUAAACCACAAAAAUGAAUUUUUAAGCAUACAUUUCAUGACGUCGAAGUUUUUCUCUUCUUUCAUCAGAUUUACAAAUAAAAGCAAGAAUCUGUUGUCUCUUUGUUAUUAAAUGUGAUAGUCUUUCAUGUACAUAGCAAUAGCUACAACAAGACUAUAUUGAAUAGUGACGGAACUAAUGCACAUUUAAAAUCAAAAGUCAAAUCCGCGCCAUCUUCUACUUUCAUUACGGAAGCUUUACCAUUUAAAUACAAAAAAGUAAAGUUUUUUAAAAAUAUUUUGUUGACCUAGGGCUGUAUUCUCUAAGAGUGAAAAACUUCCGUGAUAAACUCCCGAAAGUGGAGUGAGAGUUUUUCACUCUCAGAGAAUACUGUCCCUGAUGAAGGAAGAAAAGAAGGAAAAGUUUUUUCAGACGUCGUGUAUUAGGAUUGGAUUUUAAUGGUCUUAUCAUGCGUUCUAUUGCUUGGGUUGGGGUUUCCUUUACGCAGGGCUCCAAGCUCAACGAGAAUGUCACUCAAUUUAGAAAAAAAACAUUGUCCACUCGUUUUGGACUUUUUCAUCUGUCUUUCGAACUCGAGUUUUCCUCAGGAAAUGAACUUGGAUUUUCAGUCAAAUAAUUUGAUUUAAAUCAAAUUAUAAUCAAAUUUUAAUCAAAAUUUGUUCAAUUUAAUUCAAACGAAUUAAAUUUAAAUCACGGAACAAAACAAAUGUUUAUUUUUCACACACAAUGGUGCGGCGGAUAAUCUAACUCACUUCUUUUUCCGAGUUUUCCCGCAAAAUCAAUUCUAUUUUUUAAACAGUUAACAUGUUUUGUUUGGUUGCUGGUUUUAUUCACGGAGAUGCAGAUAUAGCUACAUCACAAGAGUCUAUUUAAAUCCUCAAAUUCUUUCUCAUAAAUCCUCAAACAAACUCCGGUGCAAGAUGUGCUUAAAUUCUGUGUAUUGCAGACUACUGGCAUAAUAUCCUGUAUCAAUUGUUCCUCUGUCACACUGACCCAUAGUUCCCAUAGCUUUUUCACUUAAAGAAACUAAAAGAACACAAGAAAAGUACAUCUGCUCAGACAGGUGGACUGAUUAAAAAUGAUAAAAAAACUAUUACAGUCAUAAACCGAUUAACUCUCCUCUCGGUUAAACUCUUCUCACCCAUAACGUUUAAUGAGAAAGAAGAGUUUAACCGAGAGAUGACUGUUUGAUAAUGUCAGUGAUUCUAGGACCUAUCCUUAACAGAGAUCGUUAAACGUGUUUAUAAUCCAAUAUUCCUCUCUUCGCUGAGACUUUAAUGCUCAAAUUCUUUAUGAUUUUAUGCUCUCGACAGGGUGGAGACUUUGCAUUGAAGAAGACUCUAUGAAAAAAAAAAAGUCAAGACGUUGGUUCGUUUGCAUGUAAAUUAAUAAAUUAAAAUUCUUAUUCUCUCUUCCCUUUCAAUGGCAUUACUUUGUUGAUGAUUCGCUUUCAAGUUUGCGAAUUCUUUUUGCAUUUAUGGGUAAUAAUUUGUGUUUAAAAGAAAAAUGAUUUAAAUUCAAUUCUUUAAUCAGCAAAAAAUAUGUGAUAAAAUGUCUUAUAUUAAGCUGAUUAAAAUAUUGAAUUUUGUAAAUUUUUUAAGUGAAUGGUCUGAUAAUUUUGGAAACUUCACAUGAGUAAAUUUCCCACAAAAUGAUAAAAAUUUAAUCAUUACUUGAUCAUUUAAAUGGAAUGCAAGAUUUUUUUUUUGAAUUAUUUAUUUCAAAAUUGACUCAAAACUCAUUAAGUUUCCGUAAUUAUUGGACUAGACACUAUUUUAUUUGAUAUUUUAUUGAUAAACAAAUACUUUUUCCAAGUUAAAGUCACAAAAUUAACUGAUUUUUGUGCCCUCAACGUGUCAAAGGCAUUGAAAGAAUAUUCUUCCGUCAGAGAAUUAUUAAUGAAUCUCGAAUUGUUGGAAAACCUCCGGUGCGAUUUUAAAUGUGAAUCUUUUUGUGUCUUUAGAAAGAAAAUAAUUUUAUUGUUGCAUAGUUACACAAAACACUCAUUUCGCAGUCAUUUCACAACACAAAUUAUAAUUUAAGCAAGAAAACGUGGCGCAAUUAUGCACUGAAAUCUAUUUCAUUUUAUUUUUUUUUUAAAUAAAUUCUCCGAUUGAAGUGAAAAUCUUUUUUAAAAAAUAAUAAAAAAGUGAAAAUCAGUAAUUUUGAUUAGGAAAUGAAUGAAAACAAAAAUUGCGCAAAGAUUAUUUUUUUUCUCUGUGGUGUUCUUUUGAGAUUCUACAACAUUGAGAAAGUGGGUGAGAAGAGGAUGCAAAUAUAUCAUGAUUUACAUAAAAAAAAAGCUUUUACAGAAAAAACAAAGAACAUAUUUGUCUCAUUUUAAAUUAUUACUAAUAAUAGUAAAAAAAAAAUACAUAAUAGAACACAAGAUAAAAAAAAAACAAGAGAAGCAAUCUGUGAAGUAAACUAAAAGCAAAAGAAAACCUUCUAGCAUGAAAAAAAACAAAGAAACUUUCAAAUUCUGAUUGAUCACAUUAAAUAUUAGAACAAUUCCUGUUGAAUGGAGGUGUGUAAAUGAGAAGAUUGGGAAGAUGGUUUGAUAGUAGGAAAAACAAACAAAUUGAUACAACGUCUGAAAGAUUAGGGUGAUAAAUAAAACAAAAAAAGUAAAAUCUUUAUCGCGGUUAAGAGGAAGGAGAAUUAGUAUUGCUUGAGAGGUGGAGGAAAGUCAAAUUUGAGUGUAAAAAAAUGUGAAAGACUUUGAAGCAAAGAUCCAAUACAAUUUGUAAAAAAAAAGAAACAAAAGUAAAUAGUUUAAAAAGAAACGAACUAUUCCUAAAGAUUUCCUUUCAUUUUCCACAUUUGACCUUUCUAUAUUUUCCUUUUUCCCUGUCAUUACAAACAAAAAAUGCUCGCGUGCGAAAAUGAAGAUGGAAAUAUGCGUUUUAAGUGUUUAGAAGAAGAUGAUGAAAAAAAAGAGAAACAAAAUUGAAAUCAUUGAUGAGAAUAAAAGACGACGUUGCAUUAAAUAUUAAAAAAAAAAUGGAUAUAAAAUGUAGCAAAAUAAUUUACAAAAAUAUGAGUGCAAGAACAUCAUUGCAGAGAAAGCAUAAAAAGAGAAGAAGAAGGAGAAAUUAAAUGAAGAAAAUCCAUUUAAAAUAGACUUUUACACGAGACGGUGAAAAGCUCGUGCAUGACGAAAAAUAAAAUACAUUGCUAAACAACGGCAAAGUAACUGAAAGAACUGUGUUACAAUGAGAAGAAGAUGAAGUUAAAGAAAAAAAAAUGAUGAGUAGAAGAAAAUGUAAAUGAUCAAGCUAACAUUGGGUGAUGGUGUGGAGAAGAUGAAGCAAAAAAAAUGUGAAUGGAAAGAUAAUUUGCUGAAAAGAUUGAACACGGUGGGGUGGGAUGGUGAAAAAAAUCGAAAGUUGGGGGUGGGAGGAAAAACCGGUGGAUGUUAGCUUGAGAAAAAAUGAGAAAAUUUUGUAUUUAACAUCAAACAAGAAAAGAAAAUAAAUUAUAUAAAACGCCA